GAGGAGAGAGUGAGAACAGCAUUUUGGAAACCAGCUGAUCAGAAGCUGUGGUAUUCUGCCACAGAGGCAGUGAAGAGAGGAACCGUGACUGGAAAAGAGGAGAAGAGACGGCAGCUGGCAGUCUUCUUUGUGAUUGAGAAUAUACAAAAAGGAGAGUGUAAAAGAAAUGUCUCCUUUGAUGGGAAACUGGGAGCUUGUGUGAAGAGAGCAGCUCUGUGGAAAGAUGUGAGAGCACUGGGUCGGGUGGAGAUCUGAGGAAGAGGCACACAGAAAAAAGAAUCAGUCCAGGGCUGGAAGGAAAAGCAGUCCCUGACCAUCAGUGAGUCAACAGAGGGCCGAGGAUCCCUGAGGAGAGCGGAGCGAUGUCUUCUUGGCUGUCACCUGUGUCGUGGGCCAAAUGGACGUGGACAGCGGUGCGCGGGGGAGAGGGAGAAGAGGAGGAUGAAGAGGGGCUGGGGGCCAGUGAAGACAGGGAGCAACGUGGAGAGAGAGGCGAGGAAAAUGAGGAGGAGGAGGAGGAGGAGAGAUCUCAAGGCUGCAGCUCUGACUCAGAGGGUAAUUUUGGCACCCCCGAAGCUGCGACUCCUGUCCACGGCCUUUCGACCAUCCUGGGAGAGCUGGAGAACAACAACACUGAUGCAGACAAAACAGACUUGGAUCAGGAGGAGCACCUGAUAGUGACUUCUCCUGCCGAGGAUCAGCGUAGUUUGCUCAGCCACAACAUGGGUCAGGACGAGCCUGCCGUCCCCACGGCGGGCCCUCUGGAAAUAAACAUGCAGAUACUAGAUGCAGAACAAACAGAGAAUUGUCCAGAAGCUUUGGACUCUGUGCUUGUCCCUGAUUCCUCCUCAAUGAAGGAUAAAAGCCCAGUUCCGUCCCCUGAGCCAACCCAAGCCCCAGUCCCCAUCCCAGUUGCAGAUCCUGUCCCGGACAUGGCUCCAGCUCCAGUUUCAGCUCCAGCUCCAGCUCCAGCUCCAGCUCCAGUUUCAGCUCCAUCUCCAUCUCCAGCUCCAGCUCCAGCUCCAGCUCCAGCUCCAGCUCCAGUUUCAGUUUCAGCUCCAGCUCCAGCUCCAACUGCAGCUCCAAUUCAAGCUCCAGCUCCAUCUCCAUCUCCAGCUCCAGCUCCAGCUCCAGCUCCAGCUCCAUCUCCAGCUGCAGCUCCAGCUCCAGCUAUAGUUUCAGGUCCAGCUCCAGCUCCAGCUCUAGUUUCAGGUCCAGCUCUAGCUCCAACUCCAGCUCUAGCUCCAGCUCCAACUCCAGCUCCAGCUCUAGUUUCAGGUCCAGCUCCAGCUCCAGCUCUAGUUUCAGGUCCAGCUCUAGCUCCAACUCCAGCUCUAGCUCCAGCUCCAACUCCAGCUCCAGCUCUAGUUUCAGGUCUAGCUCCAGCUCCAGUUCCAGCUCCAACCCAAAAACCAGACUCAGUACCAUGUUCUGAAUCUGCACCCAGUCAAACUCUGGAGCCCCCUGAGGAAAAACCUCUUGCUGUUUCAGAACUAGAGUGCAAUGGCCUCCCAAAAAAGACAGAGCCCACUCAAAAGACUAAAACCAGCAAAUCUAAGCCUCCGUCUUUGAAAAUGAAAGCCUCCCUGAACGAGCUUGCUCAAUCAAAUGAGGAACAAGAACUUCCUGUACCCAUGGCCACAUACAACUUUGACCCUGACAAGUUAGAUAUCAGCUUUAACCCCUUUACCAGCGGUGGAUCAAAAAUCCAAAAUUCUCCUCCACCGUGUGGUUCAAGCUCUCUAGCAAGGCUUGAGCCUCUCGGUUGCUCAUUUGCUGUCAGCGAGGCCAGCUCAGCAGCAGAGGCAGAGAUGAUGGAGCCUUCAUCGGAGACCAAACCUGUGAUGCUGGAGUUCGGUCUGGACGAGGGGACGGUCAGCAAGCCACCUCCGAGGAAAUUAGGUAAAAAAAAGACAAUCAGCAAACUUUCAGCUAAGAAGCAGAGGCCCACAGGAUCAGAGGCUUCCUGCAAACCUGCACCAGAACGCACAGUGUCCGAACCAGAAUCUCAACCAGUACCAGAAGCAAUUUCCCAGUCUAUAUCAGAACCUGUGUCUGAUCCUCCCCCAGAAACUUCUUUGCCUGUUUCAGACUCUUCUGCGCCUCUGAACCUUGAGGACCUUCCUAUUCCUAAGAAAGGAACGUAUAACUUUGAUCCCAGUCAGUGGGAUGACCCCAACUUCAAUCCGUUUGGUAGUAAUGGAAAUAUGAGCAGCUCUCCAGCUAUCCCUAAGGGCUCCUACAGCUUCAACCCAGACAAUUAUGACGAUUCUGUUGACCCAUUUAAACCCUCCACAAGCCUGAGCACCGAGGACUCGUCCAGCAGCGCUGCUCAGCCUGAGAAGAAAGCAAAAGACGGUGGCAAACAGAGAGCUGGGCACUUGCCUGGUGAGAAGAAAGUGAGGCAGAUCCCCAAGAAAAGCAAAGAGACGACAAUCGUGAACACCUGUAAAGUCCAGAAAUAUGAUGAGAGCCAGCCCUUGGUGCUUGACGUGUGUACUCAGGGGGAAGACGAGGUGGCGGUUCAGACCCCAGAGAUCACUCAGCAGGUUCAUCACGCCACAGAUGAGGAGAAGCUGGCGUCCACCGGCAUCAUGGGCCAGCCAACGGACACCCAGGAGGAGAGGGAAGAGCCCGAAUGUAAUAAAGCUCCUGCGAAAAAACAGCCAGUCAAAGAUAUGUCUGUCAUGGAUGGUCCUGAGAUCAAGAAGUCAGAUCACCAGGUGGAGAAGGACACCUGCAGUCUGAAAGAUGAUAUAAGUGAGGUAACCAUGAAGCAAAUGAUGAAGAUGACGAGCAGUGAGGCCACCGACACAGGAGCCCUGAGCCAGGACAACAUACCGCUGAGUGAGAUGGACAAGGCUGAAGUCCUCACCCUGAUCAGAGAAGAGAUCAUCACCAAAGAGAUCGAGGUGAAUGAGUGGAAGACAAAGUAUGAGGAGAGCAGGGCAGAGGUUUUUGAGAUGAGGAAAAUAGUUGCAGAAUAUGAGAAGACAGUUGCACAGAUGAUUGAGGAUGAGCAGCAGCAGAAGACCCUGUCCUGCAGUAAGUCAGUCAGGCAGUUGACCUUGGAGAGAGAUCAGGCUCUGGCUGACCUCAACUCAGUGGAGCGCUCCUUCGCUGACCUCUUCAGGAGGUACGAGACCAUGAAGGGAGUUCUGGAGGGCUUCAAGAAGAAUGAGGAGAUGCUGAAGAAGUGUGCACAGGACUACCUGAUGCGGAUCAAGCAGGAGGAGCAACGGUACCAAACCCUCAAGGUGCAUGCUGAGGAGAAACUGGACAAGGCUAAUGAAGACAUAGCCCAGGUGCGUGCCAAGGCCAACGCUGAGGGAGCCGCACUGAACGCCACCCUGAGGAUGGAGCAGAUGAAGGUGGAUUCACUUGAAAGAGCUGUGCUCCAAAAGAAUCAAGAGAUCGAGGAGCUCACCAAGAUCUGCGAUGAACUGAUAUCCAAACUGGGAACAGAAUAGGAGGCCUGUAGUGUAACUCGCACUGCAAUGUGUGAUUCUGUACAUGAACACAGCUUUCUCUUUGUCAGCUCAUAUGUUUAUAACAAUAUAGAUAUUAUUGAAAUACAGAAUGGUUACACUUUCUCAUAUUAUUUUUCCGACUGAAAUAUGAAACCAGACAAAAUAUGUAAUUGUGUAAAUUAAGAAGCACAAAUGUAUCACGAGGGGUAGGUUAAAGUAAAGUGAUUAUAUUCCAUUAUUUUGUUCAAGGACAAUUGUUUGGGUUAAUAAAUAAUCCAUUUGCAUCUGUUGGUUCUGGUGUAAAACAAUUAACCAAAAUGUUCUAUCACAAAGAAUUUAAGUUUCACACAAAGCUGUAGAAAAAAAUGUGGAAACUAAGGGAAAGAAAAUGUGCACAGACACAUUUUAGUACAAAACGUCUACAGUGUAAGACAGAUACAGUUUUCAGAAAGGACAAAUCACUGAGUGGAGUGCCUACACUGAUCAUACUGUAUUAAGUUUAUGAUGUUUAAAUAUUUUUUGCUGGAAUUUUAUCUGUGAUACAGACAAUUAAGUUCUGCUGCUUGUUUUCUGUCAUCGUUAAAUGAGCUCUAAAUAAUAUCACUAUAAUUUCUUGAGUUGAAUUUUACAUUUUGUCACUUAUUUUGAAGUUAAACCACAACGUUUCUACAUAUUGUUCUUCGCGCCCCCUCACAUCUCUGGGAUAGUUGAAUUUGAAAAGCACUUAAGAAAACCAUACUUACACUCACUCAUAUAAUAUUUUCAUGUGAUUUUUUUGACAGUGAUGGGUGGAGAUAAAAGUCUCAAGUGGUGAAAGCUUUGCUUUUAAUAAUACUCUAACAUUAAACCAUGUGCCAUGUUUCAUUUUCUGCAUUUGAGUGUGGAAAAUUUAAAAGCACAUUAUAUUGCAUCCAUGUAGAUAUUUUUGGAUCAUAUUCAUAUUUUAUCUGUGAGACCACAUGUUGCUGGUGUGCCUUUAAUUUGUUUAUGUAAAAAUAUAUAUAUAUAUAUAUAUAUUUUUGUUCCUCAAUGUAGUUGUUUCCAAACUCUGUUGCCAAAGUGUAGUGUAUUCAUUAUAUUUCUUGUAUGAUAAAAAAUAUUCUGAACAAUAGUGAGUCAUCAUGGGUUUUACAGUUUUAAUGCUUGAUAUGAUGGACUUCAUUACUUCUCAUGGUAAGCAGAUUGGAAGCAGGUUAUCAUUAUAUAGUAAAAUCUCCACUGAACAUUUUCUGGUCUGAUAUCGCUCAGCUAUGUAUCAUAUAUAUAGGACUGAUUUUGUGGUUUGUUUGGAAACCCUCUUUUACAUCAGCACAACCAGUUGCCAAAUGUCAGUGUAAGUUGAGAUGGGGUUCAGUGUGACUUUGUCCAGUUGUAGUGGUGUUACAGUGAAGGUGCCAAGUGUGAAUUUGAUACUUUGUGAAAAGAGUGUUCUAAAUUUUGUCCAUAAUAUUUGUAAAAUUGAAGAAUUAAGUAUAUACUCAGAUUAUUUUGUGCAUUCCUGAAUAAAUGGUAGAGAUUUAA